AUGCAAAAAGUAUCCAAAGCUAAUCAGCAGGUUGAGCAAGAGCAUGACCUAUCCACAACCAGACCGAAUGAAAUCUUUGACAAUCUGGGUGAAAGAAUAGUAGAACAAAAUGGCCCCAUUGAUGUUGAUGCACUAGGUAUUGAGGAUACCACUCUAGAAAAGGAGAAAGCUGAAAAGGAGAGAGUAGAGAAAGAAAAGGAUGAGAAAGUAGAAAUAGAGAAGCAAGAAAAAGAGAAAGCGGAAAAAGAGAAACAAGAGAAAGGGCAAGCGGAGAAAUCGAGACAAGAGAAAGAGAGUGCAGAGAAGGAAGCAGGGAAGAAGAGAGAUGAAAUAAGUGCUUUGGUUUAUAAGUACAAAAUUCAAUUUGCUUUCAAAGCAAGGAGAUUAAAGCUAUUUAGUGGAAAGAGGGCAAUUAUUGAAGCUGGGACCCAUCGAAUAGCCUGUGAAAUCAAACGGAUGGAAGAACUUAUCCAAUCCUCUAAGAAUGAGGAAGAUGUUGUCAAUCGACCAGAAAUGGAUGAAGAAGAGAUUGUACAAGCUAAUGAGGUCUAUCCUGUCAAGAAGAAGGAUGACACCAUUAUUCAUGUUGAUGAUGUUCAGGAUACAGUUGAUCCAUAUGGAGACAACGUUGCACCAGAUAUGGAGCCUCCUGAAAUCACUGACUUACAGGUCAAAUUAGUUGAGCAACUGGCAACUCAACUAAAAGUGGUCAAUCCACCAGUUUUUUAA